AUGCCUCGAGUGUCUGUUCACUCGUCUGUUCUCAUCCUCCGUGCACCACACGAAAAACGUCUGAACCCAGUCCCAAAACCCACGAGGUUAUCUCGCUUGGCCUUUCCCAGUCCCUCGGUCGAAGCGGCCGCGCUACAGAGUCUUGCCGUGGACCGGGUUCCGCUGUCAGCUAGAGAGGGUAGUACAAACAUAAAACAGCCGACGCAACUUUUGCACGAAGCGUCUCCGUUCAAGGUGAGUAGAGGCUCAAGAGAGAGCAAAUAG